UCUCCUCCCAAGUUAUCAAAAUGUGUGUACCUUGAGGGAAUACUGUAUAUAUCGCCAAACAUCUGCUUUAUUUCUCAAGAUAUAGUCUCCUUCCAGCCCAAAAAAUUAAUCUGAUAUCUUAGCAACAUGAAGUAAGAACUAUAGUGGGUGUGUUUAUAUCUGUUUAUCCAGAACAAGGUAGAAAUGUUGACCAUCUUGCCAAGAGCGAUGAUACCAACCACCAUUGUCUGGGUCUAUGGUAUUACUGGGGUUUAUAUAAGGUGGUGGUGCGGGUUGGCAGUAGAGGGCGUGUCGGAGCUGCCGGCUGACCUGGACCUCUAUCACACAGGAAGAAUCACGACAAGCCACUCGAGAUUACUGUUAAACCCUCUCAAUGUAUUCGGCAACUCGGUAUGUAACUACAAAGACGAGAUGGGCAGCUGUUACGGCGAGGUUGAGUGUUUAGCGCUAGCUGGUAGUUUCGGCAACUUCUGCUCCGGACUAGAAGGACUGUGCUGCCUCUUUUACCGUACAUGCGGACAAAGAACGUCGCAGAAGGUGUCGUACUUCAAGAACGUGCAGUACCCGCUCCAGGACAAACUGCAGGACACGUGUUCCUUCCAGGUCAUCAAGCACAGCGAAGAAUACUGCGCAGUGAGCGUGGAGAUGAUUGAAGUUGACUUGCCUACCACGAAGAAUGGCCGCUGCAGGGACGUGACUUAUCAUGUUACAGGCAUCUACAACGGCAAACUCCAGCCCUAUUGUGGAUACCUUACCGGCAGAACCUACAUAUACGAGUUCAAGUCGGAUGAGGUCAUGCUGCACCUCAACUCUUCCUAUGGUUCGAGCACCAAAUGGAAAAUGAAGGUGUCACAAAUCCUCUGUAGAGAUUUUACGGGUGAGAACCUCGAGGGAAUCCAAGAAGUUGAUAGCCUCAUUACUGGAACUGGAGGCAGCGGUGGAGGAAGUGGAGGCAGCGGUGGAGGAAGUGGAGGCAGCGGUGGUGGAAGUGGAGGCAGCGGUGGAGGAAGUGGAGGCAGCGGUGGAGGAAGUGGAGGCAGCGGUGGAGGAAGUGGAGGCAGCGGUGGAGGAAGUGGAGGUAGUGGUGGAGUAAGUGGAGGCCUCAUUGGGGACACUGGUGCAGGAAGUGGAGGCAGCGGUGGAGGAAGUGGAGGCAGCGGUGGAGGAAGUGGAGGCAGUGGAAGCAUCGGUGGUGGAAUUGGAAUAGUAACUACUACUACUACUACUACUACUGUGGGCCCGCCAGCACCCCCUCCCAGCACCAGCUACAGAUCAUGUGGCACCAGGGGUCCGACCUUCAACCAAGGCACAAGAGGGCAUGCAGCCCGACGCCUUGGAAUUACUGGUCCUUUAGGCCCCGACAGGGUGACCUUCACUGGCAGACGCAAAAGUGGAAGUCGCCGACCUGUGAAUACAAGGCGCAGAACAGAAAUUGUAACUCAGAGAUCUAGGGUUUCAAAUAAGUCUCCUGUUGAAGUGCAACAAGGGGACGUAGAAAUGCGACAGGGUGUUGUGGCUAGCUCAGUGCCAACCUUCACAGGAAUAGUCAACACCAGAUCUUGGGGAGGACCAGACCUUAGUGAUACGCUUUUUGGCUUUUACACAGGACCACGCAGUAUCUUUUCCAACCGCAUUACCUUCGGUCAAGUGGCAGGGAUCUACGAGUUUCCCUGGCAAGUGGCUAUGACGACCAAUGGAAGGUUCCACUGUGGGGGUUCCAUCAUCGGCGACCAGCAUGUUCUCACCGCUGCUCACUGUGUCUCCUCAUACAAAGACCGUCCCCAUGCACUCACACUCUCUUUGGGCGACUGGGACCUGUCAACCAAGAAUGAUGGUCCAAGUGAAAACGCCGUCAUAGCUAAGAUAACGGUACAUCCUAAGUACUCCCGCACCACCCUACAGAACGACUUAGCCGUCCUAAAACUCGCCAAAACUAUUACGUUCACUCAGGAUAUACAAAAAAUUUGUCUACCCUCUACCCCAGAGCUAAACCUGGUGGAUGAACAAGCGACUGUGGCAGGGUGGGGCAGGGACGAGAAUGGAAACCUUCAGAGUCAGCUCCACCACCUCCAGGCCAAGAUUAUCACCAAUUCACUAUGCGAUCAGCGCUGGAACAAACAAGGUUCCCCAACGGGCUUCAUUGUCUCAUCCAUGUUGUGUAUGGACUCAACAAAUGGUGAUUCCUGUAAUGGUGACAGUGGAGGCCCAUCCAUCAUUGAGUUUCCUCCAGGUUCUGGCAAAUACGUGCAGGUGGGCUUAGUAUCCUUUGGCUCUGGCUCUUGUACAGAUGCGAACCUUCCUGGAGUGUACACCAGAGUGUCUUAUUACUUGAACUGGAUUCAGAGCAACAUGAACUAAUUUUUCUGUUUUGGUUUACCUGUUUUAUCAUCCAGUGCCUAGAAAAUAGUUAACAAUUUGAACAACUAGCAUGUGUUACUUACCUGUUUGAUCACAUGAUACGGUUUAGGAUAAUGUUAUCUCCACCAUUGGAUGUUCUUAGGCAUUUUGUGGUAUUGAUGCUCAGUAAUGUAUCUUGUUGGCGAGAAACCUUUUAUUUGAAUGCAAUUUUUUUCCUUCAUAUGGACUUGAAUAUGAGUUGGAUGAAUGGAUUUUCUUUGGCAAACAAAAUCAUGGGCACAAGUAUUGUCCAUUCCAUGCUACUUCACACAGCUUCCAUACAGAAUAUGAUGAGUGAUGAACUGGUAUUGACUAACGUUUUUAUGUUAUGUAUUUCUCUUGAAUGUUAUUUAUUAUAUAUUGAUGUGUCAGGUAGUACUGCCAACCUAUCUAUGUAAAUCAACAAAUGAUUCACUGUCUAUUAGAACAUAUAUGAGGUUUUAUCUGAAAGUUUCAUAAGCUCGUGUAAGAGUAUUUAGUCUAAAGGAUGUUGAUGAAAAAGCUUUAUGGUUGUGCAGUUUGCCUGUAGCUGUGGUCUCAUUUACUGGCAUUAAUUGCUUCGUGUUGUAAUAUAAUAAACGUUAAAUUUGUGAGGAGAGUGAAGAAAGAAUGCCAACAUCAAAGAAUGGAAUAUUUUGAUCUACACUAGGUUUGGAUAACUAAUACCUGUAUAUUUUGUGUGUUACCCUCCAAAUGUUCUAUACAAUACAGUCUUCGUAAAAGAACGAUUGACACUGGUGACCCUAUGGAAUAUUCAUAUUAUGGUAACAUAUGUAAUGACUAAUAACACUGACAUAUUUGUUUUGAGUUUGUGUACUGUUUGUUUGUCAGGAGAAUCGUAAUUAUUAAAAAAAAUUUUAAUUCCUUAAAUAUGGUAGAUGUAUGAAA